GCUCCUACAGUAAAUAUUUGUGUUUGGGCAGCCGGCUGUAAUGGUGGACGACUGAAGGGGAGGAAGACGGAAUACAACUCGAGUGAAGAAAAGAGGAAAUCGGUCGAAAGUCUGCUUUUGACUUAGGACACGGGUUUCGUCGAAAAUGGAUGAACUUAAACAUCAAGUCAUGAUUAACCAGUUCGUCCUGACGGCGGGUUGUGCAGCAGACCAAGCGAAGCAGCUACUGCAGGCGGCACAUUGGCAGUUUGAGACUGCCCUCAGUGCCUUUUUUCAAGAAACAAAUAUCCCAUAUGGCCAUCAUCAUCAAAUGAUGUGCACGCCAGCCAACACACCAGCGACACCCCCCAACUUCCCGGAUGCCCUGACCAUGUUCUCCCGGCUCAAGGCGUCCGAGAGCUUCAACAGCGGCAGCCCUAUGUCGGCGUCGGCCGCCACUUCGCCCCCGCCGCCGCAAGUCGGCGGCUGGGGGGUGUCACCCAACGUGCCCAGCGUGCCGCCACCCCCGCAGGGACUCUGGACUCAGGGGCAGCCCCCCACACAGCCCUGCCCCGCCUGGCCCACGGGCGUCAACCCCCACGCGGGCGCCGAGCAAAAGGCAAGCGUAGCGAUGGAAGCGGAGAGAUGAAUUGCCACGCCCCCACCAACCCCCGCCCAACCCCGGAGAGGCGGGCGAUUUGUCUUUCCCCCCCAAAAAAAAAACAAAAAAAAAUGGAUGUGGCAAGAAUGGACGGACAGAUAUGGAAAGACGCAAACCAAGAAAAACUUUGGGUGAACAAUUUCAAGAGGAGAAAACCAAUGCAAAUAUGAAAAGUAAAAAAAAAAAUAGAAGAUACGCACACACAUAGUAAUAAGAGAGUAUGUGAAAUCUUAGUUUUUUCUUACAUAAAUGACAAGAGAAAUAUUUGAAUUUGGAAAAAAAAUAGUCGUGCCCAAGGAUUCUAUGUUCAAGGACGUUCAAGGCAGCAAAUUUUGUAGUUUUUGUUCAGCCCCUCUCCCCAACCUUUUUUUUUUUUCCCCCCCAAUUAAUGACCCCCCUAACCCCCCCACUGGUCUUGUUGUGUUUCCACAACUGUCUGUGCUGCAUGACGACAGAGGAAUUUGCAAUGCAGUGUUUUAAAGUGACUGAAGCAUCUUGCAGCAGUGUGCACGUGUGCGUUUUCGCUCCAGAGAGCGUCUCUGGUAGGAACCCGUACGUGGAAAAUCUAUAUAAAUGUCUAUGUAAACACAAAUACACACGCGUUUAAGGAAACGCCUCCAUAUUCUCAUCCCCAUCGUCAAGGCGGGGCUUCUUCUUACCUCACCUGGUGGUCACCUGACUUCUUUUAGCCAAUCAGGGAUUCUUCUUAAACCAACCGUUGGCGCUGAUGACACAGGACAUGUUCUUAACAAUUUUGGGGCAUUUUUUUUUUCCCCCCCCAAUCUUAAAUGCAGAUGCCUCUUUUGGUUCAUGCUAGCUUAUCCGCAAAUACAACGGCUUAUUUUUCAACCGAUGUCUACAGCUGUAUACUUUUGAGAUGAUGGGUUGUACAAGGAGAAAAACAAACAUCACUAGUGGUUUAAUAUAACAUUGUUUGUAACGAUGAUAGUUUUAUUAUCUGGGAGCCGAGGCGGUUCUGCGAAAGCAGCUAGACUGGCUCUAGGUGGGGGGAGGGGGAGACGUGACUACUCCAUUUUUUGACUCUUUGUAAACAUUUUGCAUGACUUGUCAAUAAUAUCUUUUAUAGCAAAAUUACACAUGCUUUCCAAAGCUAAUAAUGACAGCUAAUUUCAGUUGGAUCAUCUCAAGAUAAAAGAGAAAUACCCCUGACAGGUUGCUUGAGAUGAAGACAUAUUAGGGCCACACAAAAAAAAAGAAAAAAUGAUUCUAGAGAAAAGUUGUAGGAUUGCAAAAAACUACUUUUGGGUGAUAGAAAAGGCUACAAAGCAUAGUUAAGAAAAGGGAAGUUGUAAUAUUUAAAGAAAACAAUGGUUUAUUGAGACAAUUGAAGGAUUUCAAGUACGAUACCAAAAAAGUAAGUAUUGUAAGAUUUUAUUUGCUUAUUUUUGCUAUAGUGGGUCUUUUUUUUUUUUUUUUUUUAAGAUUUUUUCUCCUACAAUAUGAAUGUUUCUCACAAAAAUGUGGCUAUUUGUUUUUCGGAACAAAAACUAUUUCUGUUCAAACCUUUCUCAAAAUACAAUUUUAAUUUUGUAUAAUAGCAAUGUCCUUUUCUUCACUUUAUGACUAUUUUUCUCAAAAUGAUUUUUUUGUAUAAUUUUACAAUAUGCAUUAUUUUUGUGUGGCCCUAAUUUGUAAUUCGAACUUUAAAAAAGACAAGAUGCUUGUGCACAUGUGGAAUCAGUUGCCGGUCCUCCGAUUUGUUAAGGAGGGCAAAGGGCAACUCAGUGGGGCUGACCCUGAUUUAUGGCAAUAUAUUACAUGCAGGGUCCACCCCUGGUUUUGUGUUAUUUUCAUUGUUUUAUUUUUGGAGAUAAAUAAUAUUUUAUCUUGCUGGUGGAUGUUUUUUUUUUAAGUCAAACAAUUAGGGCAAUUUUGAAUCUAAUGGAAAAAAAAAAUGUUCCUUGGUUUUAUUUUGAUCAAACUUGUUUAUCAAUUCGUCUUUCCCUUGCUUCCUACUUUAUUUGGUUAAAUCUGAGUGUUUUUCUGGGUUGGCCUGUUCAUAAAUGGUUUCUCAUGUACGUCCACUUCCCCCACUUUGUAUGACUGUAUGAGACCAUUCCCACAAUAUUUGUGGACUACCUGAUAAUUAACUUAUCAUUUUUGUGAACCUAAAUAAAUAUUGUUUGUCAACC